GGUUGCUGUUGUUGAGGAGACGGAGAAGCAGCCUGAGGAACACAAAUCAGAGAAAGUUAUCAGGAUUGAGGAUAUUGAAACCGAGGUGGAGACUCCCAAAGAGAAGCCAGUGGCAGAGCAUCAGCAAGAGAAUAAAGAAGUUGUUGCUGUUGCUGAAUCUGACAAAAAGGAGUUAGCUGAGGAUGUUGUUCACACAGCCACAGAGGACACAGCAGUAGAGCCUGAGCUUAGAGAGGAGAUUGCAGAGACUGUUACAACACAGACACUCAAGCUUCAGAAGGCCAUUGUGGUACUAGUGGACCUGAAGAAAACCUUGCAACCACAAGUGGAGGUAGAAAAUGUGGCAUCAGAGAUAGAGGUGGAAGAAGAGGCUCCAAAGGAGGUGUCAGGAACCGAYGAAGACGAAAAAGAAACAGCCAAAGAACCCUCUAAGGAGGAAAAGAAAAGAAGAGGACGACCAAGAUCCACUCAUCUCAGAACACCUGUUGAGGCUGAGGAGGAGACAGUGAACGAGGAGCAGCCAGCAGUUGAGAAACCUGCUGAGGGAAAGGAGAAGAUCUCACCACCUGAAGAGGAAGAGGCAGGUCCAGUGGUAGAAACAAGAGUCCUGAGGAGAGGAAGAAAAAGUAUUCCAGCUACCCCGACUCCAAAACGCAAGUACACACCGGAAGAGGCAAACAACCCAAAGAGAGAGAAGGAAGGGGAGGAAGAGCCAGCUGAGGAAGAUGAAGAUGCACCGGUAGUGGAAACCAUAGUUCUGAAGAGAGAGAGGGGCAGAUUUUCUGCUCUUGCUCCUGCCAAUCCCAGACGCAAAUCCACACAAGCCUGCAAAGAACCUGAGGAAAGAGGAGGAGAAGGAAGGGGAGUUGGCUAAACCUGUUGAGGAAGCUUUGGAAGAAAAUGUGGAGAAAGAGAAAGCAGUGGAUGAAGCAGCAGCUGCAACAUUGGAGAGUGUGGGGAAGGAAAAGGGGGCAGAGGAAGCAAGAACCUGAGGAAAGAGGAAAAGGUGGAGGAAGAGAAGGAAGGGAAACUGAAGCUGCAGCUGAAACUGUACCAGUGGAAGAGGAGAGUGUUGCAGAAGAAAAGGUGGUGGAGGGAGAAACAAUUCAGGAAGAGGAAAGGUAGAGGAAGAAAAGGAGAUUGCAGAAACUAUUACAACACAGACACUCAAGCUUCAGAAAGCCACUGGCAGUGCUGGUGGACUUGAAAAAAACUGUGGCCUCAGAGAUGGAGGAGGAGGCUCCAAACGAGGUGUCAGGAACCGAUGAAGACGAAGAAGAGAUCAAAGAAGACAGCCAAAGAACCCUCUAAGGAGGAAAAGAGAAAGAAGAGGACGACCAAGAUCACUCAUCUCAGAACACCUGUUGAGGCUGAGGAGGAGACGGUGAACGAGGAGCAGCCAGCAGUUGAGAAACCUGCUGAGGGAAAGGAGAAGAUCUCACCACCUGAAGAGGAAGAGGCAGGUCCAGUGGUAGAAACAAGAGUCCUGAGGAGAGGAAGAAAAAAGUAUUCCAGCUACCCCGACUCCAAAACGCAAGUACAACACGAAGAGGCAAACAACCAAAGAAGAGAAGGAAGGGAGGAAGAGCCAGCUGAGGAAGAUGAAGAUGCACCGGAAGAGCCAGCUGAGGAAGAUGAAGAUGCACCGGUAGUGGAAACCAUAGUUCUGAAGAGAGAUGGGGGCAGAUUUUCUGCUCUUUCUCCUGCCAAUCCCAGACGCAAAUCCACACAAGCCUGCAAAGAACCUGAGGCUGAGGAGGAGACAGUGAACGAGGAGCAGCCAGCAGUUGAGAAAUCUGCUGAGGAAAAGGAGAAGAUCUCACCACCUGAMGAGGAAGAGGCAGGUGGGGAAGAAGAAGAACUGGCACCAGUAGUGGAAGCCAAAGUUCUGAGGAGCGAAAGGACAUCUGCCUCUCCUCCUGCCCCUGCUACACCUAGACGCAAAUCCACACCAACUGUUGUUGAAGCGGAAGAGGCAGAAAAACCAGAUGAAACAGAAGAGGAAGUAGAUGACAAAGCCCAGGAAAAAGCUGUUGAGGAAGAGAAAGCCACAACAACAAACCAGGAGGAAGAGGAAGUGGAAGCAGAAAGCAUUGAGGAGGAACAAGAUGCAGAGGAGGAAGAAACAGGAAAUGAACCCACAGUGGAAGAAGGGGAGGAUAAUGUAGAGGCAGAAGAGGCGAGUGUAGUAGAGGAGGAGGAAAAGAAAAAAGAGGAAGGGUUCCCGGUGACUGAGGUUGCUUUUGUCGAGGAGUCAGAGAAGCAGCCCGAGGAACACAAAUCAGAGAAAGUCAUCAGGAUCGAGUGGAGACUCCCAAAAGAAAGCCAAUGGCAGAGCAUCAGCAAGAGAAUAAAGGGAGAUGCUGCUGUUGCUGAAUCCGACAAAGAGGAGUUAGCUGAGCAACUGAGCCUGCUCCUCUUCAUCCCUCAGGUGGGAGAUCUCCACUUCCAACAAGCAGGUUUCCUCAACGUUGUCUUCAUCAGUUCCUGCCACACAUCCUUCGGGAGCCCCCCCCUCCGAGGCCACAUUUUCAACCCCACUUGUGAGGUUGUUCACACAGCGAUGGCGGACACAGCAGUAGAAGCUGAGCUUGGAGUGGAGAUUGGAGAGACUGUUGCAACACAGACACUCAAGCUUCAGAAAGCCACUGUGUUGCUGGUGGACCUGAAGAAAACCUUGCAAACACAAGUGGAGGUAGAACAUGUGGCCUCAGAGAUGGAGGAGAAGGCUCCAAAGGAGGUGGCAAGAACCAAUGAAGACAAAGGAGAGAACAACGAAAAAACAGGCAGACCAAGAUCCACUCGUAUCACAAAACCUGUUGAGGCUGAGGAGGCAGUGGAAGAGGAGCAGCCAGCAGUUGAGGAACCUGCUGUGGAAGUGGAGAUCUCGCCACCUGAGAAUGAAGAGGAGGCUCCAGUUAACCUGAAGAGGAGGAGUUGGCUGAAUCUGUUCGGGAAGCUGUGGAUGAAAAGAGGAAGUAAAACCAGUGCAGGAGGAAAGGCAGAGGAGAAAGCCACACUGAUGGAUAAAGAGGACAUGGUGGACGAAGCUGCACAGUGGAGAGUGCGGAGGAAAAAGAGUGGCAGCGGAAGCCAAACUGAGGAAGACGGAAAGGUAGAGGAAGAGAAGGCAGAGGAAGCUGAGCUGCACCUGAAGCUGCAACACAAGCAUCCUGAGGAAGAGGAGGAUGUGGAGGCAACGGCUGAACCUGCACCAGAAGCAAUGGAGGAAGAGGUGGGGGAAGAGAAGGAAGCGGAGAUAGUGGAAGAGGAGAAGGUUGAGGAAGCUGCAGCUGAAACUGCACCAGUGGAAGAGGAGAGUGUUGCAGAAGAAAAGGUGGAGAAAAAUGACUGUAGAAAACUAGCAGAUCUAGGUGAAGAGGCAGAAAACGUCGAGUUGGUAACAGCAGUGGAAAGUGUUGCAGAGGAAGUGAUGAAAAAGCCUGUUGAGGAACCUGCUGAGGAAGAAAGAAAGACCUCACUACCUGAGGAUGAAGAAGAGAUUCCAGUUGUAGAAACAAGAUUCCUGAGGAGAGGAAGAAAAAGCAUUCCAGUAACGCCUCCAAAACGCAAGUACACACGAAGAGGCAAACAACCUGAAGAAGAGAAAGAUGCGGAGGAAGAGCCAGCUGAGGAAGAAGAUGCACCAGUAGUGGAAACCAUAGUUCUGAAGAGGGAUAACGGAGGCAGAUUUUCUGCUCUUGCCCCUGCUCCUGCCACACCCAGAUGCAAAUCCACAGACGCCCGCAAAAAACCCGAGGAGGAGAAGGAAGAAGAGUUGGAGGUGGAAAAGGUAGAGGAGGAAAAGAUGGAGGCGGUGGCUGAACCUAUUCAGGAAGCUUUGGAAGUAGUGGAUGAAGCAGCAGCUGCAACAGUGAAGAGUGUGGGGGAAGAAAGGGUGGCAGAGGAACCAAUAACUGAGGAGGAGGGAAAGGUGGAGGAAGAGAAGGAAGCGGAAACUGAAGCUGCAGCUGAAACUGUACCAGUGGAAGAGGAGAGUGUURCAGAAGAAAAAGUGGUGGAGGGAGAAACAAUUCAGGAAGAGGGAAAGGUAGAGGAAGAAAAGGUAAUUGCAGAAACUAUUACAACACAGACACUCAAGCUUCAGAAAGCCACUGUGGUGCUGGUGGACUUGAAAAAAAUCUUGCAACCACAAGUGGGGGUUGAAAAUGUGGCCUCGGAGGGGGGGGCUCCGAAGGUUGUGGCAGGAACUGAUGAAGACAAAGUUGAGGAACCUGCUGUGGAAGUGGAGAUCUCGCCACCUGAGGAUGAAGAGGAGGCUCCAGUUGUARAAACAAGAGUUUUGAGGAGAGGAAGAAAAAGUAUUCCAGCUACUCCGMCUCCAAAGCGCAAGUCCAAAAGAAGAGGCAAACAGCAUGAGGAAGAGGAGAAUGUGGAGGAGCCAGAGAAAAAAGAGGCAGCUGAGGAAGACGAAGAAGAGGCUCCAGUAGUGGAAGCCAGAGUUCUGAGGAGAGGUAGGAAAUCUGCUUCUGCUCCUGCCACACCUCGAUGCAAAUCCACACAUGCCACUAAAGAACCUGAAGAGGAGGAGUUGGCUGAAWCUGUUCGGGAAUCUUUGGAUGAARAAGAGGAAGUAAAACCAGUGGAGGAGGAAAGGGCAGAGGAGAAAGCCACACUAAUGGAUGAAGAGGACAUGGUGGAGGAAGCUGCAACAGUGGAGAGUGCGGAGGAAGAAAGGGUGGCAGCGGAAGCCACAACUGAGGAAGACGGAAAGGUAGAGGAAGAGAAGGCAGAGGAAGCUGAAGCUGCACCUGAAGCUGCAACAGUGGAGGAGGAGGAGAGUGUUGCAGAAGAAAAUGUGGAUGAAGAAGCAACAACUGAGGAAGAGGAAAAAGUAGAGGAAGAGAAGGAAGCGGAGAGAGUGGAAGAAGAAAAUAUUGAGGGAUCUGCAGUGGAAACUAUUAGUGUGGAAGAAAAGAUGGAGGAGGAAGUAGCAACCACAGUGGAAGAAAAGGAAGAGGAAGAAGAGAAGAAAGAGGAAACAGUUAUUGAACUGGCUUUAGAAAAACUAGCUGAGGAAGUUGCUGUGGUAGAAGAGGCAGAUAAAGUGGAGGAGAAAGAGGGAGCAAAGCCAGUUGAGGAAGAGAAGAAGACUUCACCACCUGAGGCGGAAGAGCAAGCUCCAGUAGAGGAGGAAGAGGAUGCUCCAGUUGUAGAAACAAGAGUUUUGAGGAGAGGAAGAAAAAGUAUUCCAGCUACUCCGACUCCAAAGCGCAAGUCCACUAGAAGAGACAAACAAGCAGAGGAGAAAAACCCAGCUGUGGAAGAAAAGGAACCAGUAGUGGAAACCAGAGCUCUGAGGAGAGGAAGCAGAGGCAGAUUUUCUGCUCCUGUCCCUGCCACACAUGGACGCAAAUCCACAAGAGCCCGCAAACAACCUGAGGAGGAGAAUGAUGAGGAGGUGGAGGCAGAAUUUGUAAAUGAGCAAAAGGUGGAGGAGGUGGUUGCACCUGUUCUGGAAGCUGUGAAGGAAAUAUUGGAGGAAGAAAAAACAGUGGACGAAGCAGAAGCUGAAACUGCACCAGCGGAAGAGGAGAGUGUUGCUGAACAAAAGGUGGUGGAGGGACAAACAACUCAGGAAGAGAAGACUGCUACUGUGAAAGAAAAGGUGGAAGAAAAAAUACCUGAAAAGGUUGAAGAAGAGAAGGAAGCUGAAGCUAGCUGGAAACUUGCCACAAUAGAAAGGAGCGUGUUGCAGAAGAAAAGGUGGAGGAAAAAGCAAAACCCACAGAGAAGAAAAGUGGAGAGUGUGGAGGAGAAAAAGGUGGAGGAGGCCGCGGCUGCAACAGUGGAGAGUGUGGAGGAAGAAAAGGUGGAGGAGGCUGCGGCUGCAACAGUGGAGAGUGUGGAGGAAGAAAAGGUGGAGGAAGUGAAUGAAUUGGAGGCAGAAGAAAAGGUUGAAGAGGAAACAAAAAGCUGUGGAGAAGCAACAACUGAGGAAGAAGAAAAGGUGGAAGAAGCAAGAACUGAGGAAGAGAAAAAGGUGGAAGAAGCAACAACUGAGGAAGAAGAAAAGGUGGAAGAAGCAACAACUGAGGAAGAAGAAAAGGUGGAAGAAGCAACAACUGCGGGGGCUGUGGUAGAGGAGGCUGAAAAAGUGGAGGUGGCGGCAACAGUGAUGGAAAGUGUUGCAGUAGAAGAGCCAGUUGAGGAAGCGAAGACCUCACAACCUGAGGAAGAAGCAGAGACUCCUGUUGUAGAAAUAAGGGUCCUGAGGCGAGGGGAAAAAAUAACUCCUGUUAAUCCUCCAAAACGUAGGUUCACACCAAGAGGCAAGCAAGCCGAGGAAAAGGAGAAGGAGGAAGAAAAAGUAGAGGAGGUGGCUGAACAUGUGCCGGAAGUUGUGGAGGAAAAGGAGGUGGCAGCUGAGGAAGAUGAGGCACCAUUAGUGGAAGCCAAAGUUCUGAGGAGAGGAAGGAGAUCUGCCCCUGCCACACCAAGACGCAAAUCCAAACGAGCCCGCAAAGAACCUGAAGAAGAGGAAAACGAGGAGGAAAAUGUAGAGGAGGAAAACGCAGUGGAGGAGAAAAUGGUGGUUGAGGAGAAUAAGAUGGAGGAGGGAGAGGAAAAGGUUGAAGAGCCAGCAGAGAGUGCUGCUUCAGAGACGAAUGAGGAAGAAGCCAUCGCACAGCAGUCAGAGGAGGUGGCAGAGCAAACAGAGUGGAAGGAAGAAGUAAAGAUCACUGCUGAAACAGAAGAAGAAAAGGUAGCUGAUAAAGAAACAGCUAAAGCGGUAGAGAAGAAGGAAGGAGACACCACCAAUGUGGAAAAAAAUACUGACAAGGCAACAGUAACUUCUGCUUCUCAAGAUGAAGUAGCUGGUAAUGCUUCAGAGGAAGAGAAGGGAGAAACUCCAGCGGUUGAAGCGGAAGAGGCAGAGAAAACAGAAGAAACGACAGAGGAAGUAGAAGACAAAGUCCAGGACAAAGCUGUUGAGGAAGAGGGUGAGAAUGCCACAACAACAACAAGCCAAGAGGAAGUGGUAGCAGAGAGCCUUGAGGAAGUUGUGGAAGUUCCUCCAGUUGUGGAAACUAGAGCAACGAGGAGCAGGACAAAAACAGUUGCACCAGCCACACCCAAACGAAAGUCCUUACGAAGCAAGUCUUCUGUGGAUUAUAAGGAACAAGAUGCAGAGGAGGAGGAAACAGGAAAUGAACCCACAGUGGAAGAAGGGGAGGAUAAUGUAGAGGCAGAAGAGGCGAGUGUAGUAGAGGAGGAGGAAAAAGAAAAAGAGGAAGGCUUCCCGGUGACUGAGGUUGCUGUUGUCGAGGAGACGGAGAAUCAGCCUGUGGUAACGAGAGUUCUGAGAGUGAGGUUAACUGCCACGCCCAUGGCCACACCCACACACCAGCGUACAUCCACAAAACGCAGCAAAAUAGUUACACCUGAGAAGGUCGAGCCUGAGGUGGGCAUGCUUUCAUCAGAUGAAGAGCAAGAAGAGAGCCCUGUGGAAAAGAGAAACCUCCGGAAGAGAAAAAGCAUGGAACCAACACCUGUUCGCAGAUCCAAGCGCCGCAGCAGAACUUAGACUUCGGAGAAUUGUUUUUUUUUUCAGUUUUAAAAAAUGCAUCUAUUUAGUGAAUAUUUCCUAUUAGACCAGAUUGUUUUCUUCUAUCUAUUUGUAAGUUUCUAAAAAGAAAAAUAGAAAAAAAACAUAUAUCACUUAACAUUUUUAUGUAAUUUUUCUGAAAGUCGAUAUGUAGUAUAUUUGAUAUCUUUUCAUAUUGUAUAUAUAUUUUACAUUUAACUACAAGUCUGUGAACAGUUUUUUGACCUUAGUGGCUGGUAACACGAUGCGUUUCAGUCUGAUAGGCUUUGGUUUGGACAUGAUCGGCUAAAACAAAAUUUAUUCCCUCAAAAUACUGCAUCCAUGAUCUGCUAAAACAACAUUUAUUCCCCUCAAAAUACUGCAUCCAUGAUCUGCUAAAACAACAUUUAUUCCCCUCAAAAUACUGCAUCCAUGAUCUGCUAAGACAUUUAUUCCCUCAAAAUACUGCAUCCAUGAUCGGCUAUAACAACAUUUAUUCGCUCAAAAUUAUCCUAACUUCAGAAUGCCAAAUGGUGUCUCCUCUAAUAAGAAUCAAGAAGCCUGUAAAUAAAUAAAUAUAUAUUUUUAAAUACAAAUGUAGUUAGAUUGGGACACACUAGCACUAAUCGUCACUAAGAAAAUAUUUUGGGCCACCAGGCUCCAUGCUCAAUCUGGAAUAUUUUAGUAAAUAUUGCUAUCUACAAUAGUGCAAAUACAUAAAAAAAACGUCAAUCGAAAAAACAUUGCUCAGAGAUGCACAAAAACAAUAGAAAAGCUCCCCUUUGUUAUAAGAUUAUUCAUCUUUUUUUUAAGCAAGCUAUGUUUAUUUUCAUUUUUUCUACAAAUUUCAGUGACRUUUCUUGUGGAAAUUUGGAACGCUUACAUUUUUACCCAUUAUACAAAUGUUUUCAACAGAACUCAGGAUAUAAAAUCACAUUUUAUUCAACAUAAUUCUUCAUUUGAAAUGUCUAAUGUCAACACAUUGUGUUACAUUUUGUGUGUAUUGAAAUAAUUGGUACACUUUGAACAUAUUUAGUGUAAAAAAACAACUAAAUACACACUAAAAUAUUACCUCACUGAGCCGUUGAGGUAUACCAUUUCAGUUUGUAAUUUGAAAAGGAUGUUGUUCCUGUAUUAACGCAAUAUCAUUUUAUAUACCAAUACAUGUAUGUAUAUCUUCACAUCUUGUAUGUUAACAUUUAUCAUUAAGGUUUUGAUAUACAGUAAGUAAAAUUUUAAUAACAGUAAAAAUAUGGUCAUACAGAAGAGUUUGUAAAAUAAAGUUUAAAAGUUUAAAAUAAAGUUUAUAAUAAAAUCUAUAAACUGAGCUAUGACGUUAAACUGUGAGGGUUUCUUUCUYGUGAGAGAUGUGAAAAUAGAUAGAAACUAUGAGUUUUCGUUUGUGUGUGUUAUCAUAAUAUGAUAUAUCUUGUUUCAGACUUUCAACGCUUUUGUUAUGUGUCUCAGUGCCCCCACAAAGGCACAAGCUAGCUAUAGCCAGCAGUAGCCUGUCUUGCUCAAACAUUUUCAUUUAGCAAUGUUGUAUUUUAUGACAAACCUCUCCUUGCAUUAUGUCUAAUGAACUUAGGUAACUUUUCUCCUCUGACAAUGUGAUUUGUUAUGAUCUUUGGUAGAAAAUAAAGAUUUUCACUGUUUUAC